AUGGGAAUUGCCUUCACCUGCGUCCGAGGAUCUGAAGGGCCCUACGACUGGGAAUGCGACCAGGACCCGUGUCUGAUGAGCGAUGAAGUGAUCAGAAAUGUCAGACAAGCCGGCCUCGGUUGGAGAGCUACCAACUACACCCAGUUCUACGGGAAGAAGCUGAAAGAUGGACUUAUUUAUAAACUUGGAACCCUACCGCUAAGCCGUGAAACAGCCCGGCUAGGCCGUAUCAACAUCGACAAGGAUGUUCCCUACCCUCCACAGUUUGACUCCCGACAGCACUGGAAGAACUAUAUCUCGCCUGUGGUGGACCAGGGCUGGUGUGGCUCCGACUGGGCUGUGUCGGUUGCUACUAUUAUUUCUGAUAGAUUCGCCAUCCAGUCGAACGGAGCCGAGAAAGUGACUCUCAGUCCUCAAUCUCUGCUGUCCUGCAACUUGAAGCAGCAGCAGGGUUGCCACGGAGGUCACAUCGAUACCGCUUGGAUCUUCGCUAAGAACCAUGGUCUGGUCGACGAAGAAUGCUUCCCCUACCAGGCUAAAGUGACCAACUGUCCUCUGAAGAAGCGAGGCAACCUCCUCACCGACCGCUGCAGGCCCGUCGUUCCUCAGAGGACCUCGAGAUACAAGGUCGGACCUCCCGGCAGGCUUGGCAAGGAGAUCGAUAUCAUGUUCGAUAUUAUGCAGUCUGGACCUGUGCAAGCCAUCAUGACAGUGUACCAAGAUUUCUUCCACUACCGCGACGGUAUCUACCGUCGCUCGAGGUUCGGUAACAACGAGCUGAAGGGUCUACACAGCGUGAGGGUCGUCGGCUGGGGAGAGGAGAAUGGAGACAAAUAUUGGAUCGUCGCCAACAGCUGGGGCACCUCAUGGGGCGAAGACGGCUACUUCCGCAUCGCUCGCGGCGAGAACGAGUCAGGCAUCGAGUCCUUCGUCGUCACUGUCCUGAGUGACGUGACCGAAGCUUACCUUCGUAAAUAACAUCCGACCCACCUGGUCACGCCCCUUUGCGUCACCACUAGGGUGAUGAAAACUAGCAGGGGGAUUAUACUGCUGAACAGUACCAGGGAUUUUGGUUGACGAAGAUAAUUUACGACUAAAUAGAGGCCUUAUAAAAUUAGGAUGGCAACACAGCAGAAUAGUCACUUGCACAUAGGAAAGGCCUAAUGUAUGAAAUAGUCUUGCAAAAUAAAAAAGGUCUUAUAUAGGAUAUAACAAAUUGUUGCACAAAUAUUUAGGAUUUUUUAAUAAGCCAAACUUUUUAAUAGAGAUUUAGAAAUGUCAACAAAUAUUUUUAUACCAGUUUUUGAAAAGUCUCCAAUCAAGUUAAAAGGAAAGUUAGGUGUAGGUAGGUAUAGAGGAGAUUAUCUUCGCCAAUCCAAAUCGCAAUUUCUACAAUAAGAGCCCGCGAUUAAAUUAUAUAGAGUACGAUCUCCGACCGACUAGGUAUUAAGAGAUUAAUCUUAUAUUUUUGUAUAAUUAAUCUUACGAUUUCAAUUAAUUGGUAAUUCAUUCAAUUGACGCAUAUCGAUUGUAAAAAAUAUACGACACGAGAAGACGAGGAUUGAAAGAAAAAGGUUUCAUAUGAAGGAUUUUUAGCUCUGGCAACAGGGAAACCCCCGUCAAAUACAUCGCUGGGUUGCCACUUUAAAAAGUGAUUUACCACUAAUAAUACCAACACAAAAAAAUAAAAACAAAAAAUUCCAAAAAAA